AUGGACAAGGAAGCCAGAAAACCGUCUUCCAAGUCCGCCUCGUCCAAAGACAAACGGCCCAAGGACAAGGACAAGGACAAGGCAAAGGACGACUCCAAGGUGCACAAGCUGUCGCUCAAGGGCAGCUCCAGGCUGGUUGCUGAGUUUUUCCAAUACUCGAUACACACAAUACUGUACGAAUCGCGACCCUCAAGCUACCGAAACUCCUUCUCAGCGUCGAGCGAAACAACUGACCGUGCUUCUCCCAUGACAGAUUCCAACGAGGCGUCUACCCAGCCGAAGACUUUACAGCCGUCAAGAAAUAUGGCCUCAACAUGCUCGGUACCAUCACCUCCCUCUUCUCAAGACAUCAGCCCUCCAAAAUCAAGACACACGGAGACUGACCUCCCGACCUCGUACUCUCUAGUCUCCGCCGAUGACCAAGUCAAAGCCUACAUCAAGAAAAUCAUGAGCCAGCUCGACAAAUGGAUGAUUGGCGGCAAAAUCUCCAAGCUCGUCAUCGUCAUCACCGACAAGGACACGGGCGAACACGUCGAGCGCUGGCAAUUCGAUGUCCAAAUCUCAGCUCCACCACCAAAAUCCAAAUCCAAACCCUCCACAGACCCUUCCACCUCAACCACCGACGAACAAGAACAACAGCAACAACAACAUCAACAGCAAGAAAACGCCGCCUCCUCAACAAACACCACCCCCCUCUUCGCCGAAAAAGACAAGCCCGAAGCCGAGAUCCAGGCCGAAAUCGCCGCCAUCUUCCGCCAAAUCACCGCCUCCGUCACCUUCCUCCCCCAGCUCAGCGGCGACUGCACCUUCAACGUCCUCGUCUACGCCGACGCCGACAGCGACGUCCCCGUCGAGUGGGGCGACUCUGACGCAAAGGAGAUUGAGAACGGCGAGAGGGUCCAGCUCAGGGGCUUCAGCACGGCCAGCCACCGCGUCGAUACGCUCGUCAGCUACCGGUUGGGGGACUAG